AUGGUAUUUUGUGUACAACCACUGGUUGAAAAGGCUAGAUUCGGUUUGAGAAUUCACGGCUCUCCGAAGUCACAGCAACUUCUAAGGUCCCCUCGUUCCCGACGUUGUUUCGAAGUGAUGACGCAACAGGUGGCUUCCCCUGUCGAUUUCAGUUUUUGGUGCCUCUUUUCAUCAAUGGCGAAGGGCGGCGGCCCCUUCGCCCCGCUUGACGGUGCCCGCAGCCCCUAUUACCUGCUUGUGUUCGCCUCGAUAUGCACCGCGUUCACCGGACUGCAGGACGUGUUCCUAGCGGCGUGGCUGCAGCAGCUGCUGACGCUCCGCUUCUUCUCCGCGGCGCGCGUGGGCGACCGGCCGUGGCGAGACGUCGUCGCACUUACCGUCGUCGUUAUCGCAACGCAGGCGUGCGGCACGACAGUGGCAUACGGGAACUACGCUUUGAGCUUGGCGGCCAACAUCGUCGCCUCCACCCAUGUCGCAUUGGCCAACGUGCUGCCAUGCCUCGCUGACUCGCUCUUCCGCUUCACCUACAGGCGCUCACCACACCUGCAUGCGCUCGUCUUCCCCCUCGUCUCCGCCUCUAUCUGGAGCUUCCUCUCGCUGCACUCCCCCUUUGGUGCCUUAGCCCACCCGUUCUACUCGCUGUGCACCCUGCAGCCUCUCGUGCAAGCCACCGCAUAUGUGGGCAUGGAUGGUGUCCUGCUGCUGGUGGACUGGCUAGUAGCGGGUAUUCACCAGAUGAUGUGCGAGGGGGAUGCGGCGGUGAUGAGCGAGGAAGGAUCGAGUCGGGGUCGGAGAGGGGAAGAGUAUAUGAGGUUCUACCAGCAGCUGAUAGGAGCACCCAUCGUGCCCGCCGUCCCUGUCUCCUGCAUCAUCCUGCAAGCCCCCACCGAAGCCAUCCCUCCGAGAGAUCCGGAAUCCAUCCACCAGCUUUCUGCUCCUGCUAAUGCCUCCACGCCUUUGCCCACUCUCUCCGUGCUGAAGGGAUACGGGGGAGAAGGGGAGAAGUGCGGGGGGCAGGGAGAGUGUCAACAGGGGCGAAAUGGAGAUGCAGAAGGGGCAGUAUAUGCAGCAGCAGUAGGGGAAGGAGCAACGGGAAGAGAAAAAGCAGCAGAUGGGGUAGGAGAAGCAGCAGCGCCAGCGAAAGGGACGUGGGAAGAGUGGGAGGCGCGGCGUGUGACAGGCAUAGCACGGGUGAUGCAGCAGACGCAGCAGAGGGCGAGUGCAGGCGAUGGGUUGAUCCUGUGGUCAGAGGCUACAAUCAUUCUUCUGUACGACCAUGAGGAGUCCAAGCUCCUGGCUGACCUCUCUGCCAUCGCCAUCGCUGCCAGGGCCAACCGCACUGCCGCUGCUGCUGGGGACGCCGCAGCUCCACCAGUCCUUGGGCCAUACGUGGGCAUUUCAUACGUAAAGCUCCUCACCUUCGUCCCGGAGAUCUUCAUCAACACGUUUGUGCUCAUCGACCCCAGCGGCGCCCACAUCUGUGCUACAACAAGUCGCACCUCUUUCCCUCUGUGGAGGCGGAUGUUCUGCCAGGCUCCGGCUCCCUACCCGUGGUGGACACAGAACUAG